UUUGGCGUCACACAAUGGGCGGAGCCAGUCGUGUGUUUGCUUCCGGUAACUGAGAUGAAGAUUUAACGACAUCUACAGACAAAAAACAGGGGAUUUAACCGCAUUGUUGCAUUAAGCUCCAUAUUUCAGUGGAGGAUCCUCCAUCCUUCCUUCAUCCCCAGAGUCGGAACCGGACCUGAACACACGAAGUCCGACCACAGCCGACAUGUCUGGGGGAUCCGGGACAAGGAACACCAACACGGAGCCGUGGGGCAGCUUCGAUGACCACCUCAUCCAGGGCAGCGGUGCUGCCGUCAUCGACAUGGAGAACAUGGACGAUACGUCGGGCUCGUCCUUCGAGGACAUGGGGGAGAUGCACCAGAGGAUGAAGGAGGAGGAGGAGGUGACGGCGGAGGCGGCCGCAACCGACGACGACACCCACGAUGACGGCGAGUUCCUGGGAAUGAAGGGGUUAAAGGGUCAGCUGGGCCGACAGGUGGCUGACGAGGUGUGGCAGGCAGGGAAGCGCCAGGCAUCCAGAGCCUUUAACCUGUACGCUAACAUCGAUAUCCUGAGGCCAUACUUCGAUGUGGAGCCGGUCCAGGUCCGCAGCAGGCUCAUUGAGUCCCUGAUUCCUGUCCGCAUGAUCAACUUCCCCCAGAAGAUAGCUGGUGAACUGUAUGGUCCUCUGAUGCUGGUUUUCACUCUCGUUGCCAUUUUACUACACGGGAUGAAGACGUCAGACACAGUCAUAAGGGAGGGCACUCUGAUGGGCACCGCCAUCGGGACGUGCUUCGGGUACUGGCUCGGCGUCUCGUCCUUCAUCUACUUUCUGGCGUAUCUGGUCAACGCUCAGAUCACGAUGCUGCAGAUGCUGUCUCUGUUGGGUUACGGUCUGUUCGGUCACUGCGUCGUCCUCCUCAUUACAUACAACAUCCACUUCCACUUCCUGUUCUACGUGCUGUGGCUGCUGAUUGGUGGACUGUCCACUCUGAGGAUGGUGGCAGCUCUUCUGUCUCGUACGGUUGGUCAAACCCCUCGUCUCCUUCUCUGUGGGACUCUGUCUCUGCUGCACAUGCUGUUCCUGCUUUACCUGCACUUCAACUACCACAAGAUAGUGGAAGGUCUGCUGGACUCUCUGGACGGACCCCACAUGGCUCCGAUGCAGCGUGUGGCCAGAGACGUGGCCGAGCUGACCCUGAACGCCUCAGUCAGGAGCCUGGGAGUCACACUGAGGGCACAAUGAACCCAUAGAAACCGCCAUGCCACGCUGACAUCACUUCCUGUCUGAAGCCUCUCUUUGAUUCUGUCAAUGUUUGUACAUUUUUAAUUCAUUUGGUGUUGAUUUUUGUUAUUUCAUGUAUUUAAAUAAACUAUAGAGUCAAAA